AGGGUCCUGAAAAAGGGCCGUUUCUUUUUUGUUGAGUUUAGUUAAUUUAGCUGUCUUCAAUCAAGUGUAUGCCAAUAAAUUGAAAGAAGUAGGCUAGUAUAGGGUUUUGAACAACUGCCAUAGCCUACAUGCCUAUUAGGUGUAUCUUUUCGGGCCUGUAUUUCAAGCAAAUGGGCUGGGUCAACACGUCUCCCCCCUCUGUUGUCACGUAGCAGGAGGUCCAGUCGUUACUAGGGGCGUGGAAUCAAUGUGUAAAAAGGGGACCUCGCAGUUGCAUACAUUGUGCGAUGCGAAACGUUGGCGAGCUAUUAACGUUGUCAAUUUAAUGCUGAGAAUAUUCACCCGGACAUUCAAUCACCAUUACAACACUACGUUGAAGACUCAUCGCCUCUUAAAGCCGUAUGAGACACUCGCUCCGGUAACCUGCAGAAAGCUCCCACCACAUCGGAUGAGACCGCCUGCAUAGCCGCUAGUCAUUUGGCGGCAACAGGGCUAUCUAUAUAAGACGUAGACGCGAGGGAUGCAAGAUUGGAUGUGCAGACUGACAUCGUUCCUGUGAUACCCCCAUGCUGAAGAAUUGCGUAACCGAGCUGGUGCUGCAGGUCUUCCGUCCCCACUCCGCCUUAGUGUCCGGAACAACCAUAUGGCUGUCAUCAUCUAGAAACGUCAGUGACUCAAAAGUGAAAUUGCCAUGGAAUCGGGUACCGAGCACGAUGGAUUUAAAUAUCCAUCUGUUCCCAAUUCACAAUGUGAUCUCAGCAUAAAUAUUUAUGAGACCAUCAGCGACAGAAACGUCAAUAAUAUGGGCACUUCGACAGUCCUGAGAGGUGGGAGCGAUCCAAGUUCGUAUCCUCCAUCGAAUUAUCAGCUGAUCGUACGUCAAAGAUUCAUCAGGAGAAGUUUGUGGUUCUCGGACUCGGAUGAACAGGCUUUUGAGGUGCCAGAAUGUGACAACAGCAGUAAAAUCCUCAACAUAAACCUGCGCACGAUAGUUGACAGGACACGGGGGGCUUGGUCGGGGCCACAGGAGGGCUCCAGCACCGAGAGUCAAGGGGGGCAGAAAGACAGCGCCACAGAGAGUGCCAGUGCUGAUGAGAAGGAGAAAGCUGGGGAUACAUUGAACGUUGCAUCCACCGACGGCAGUAAAAAUGCUAUCAGAACUGCCAGCGACGAGAACGAGGAAGAGGCCGAAAUGAAAGCUGUUUCCACAUCCCCUGGGGGACGGUUUCUCAAGUUUGAUAUUGAGCUCGGGAGAGGGUCCUUCAAGACUGUCUAUAAAGGUCUGGAUACCGACACGUGGGUGGAAGUUGCCUGGUGUGAACUUCAGGACCGUAAGCUGACCAAAGUAGAGCGUCAGCGGUUUAAGGAGGAGGCAGAGAUGCUGAAGGGGCUGCAGCACCCCAACAUUGUCCGCUUCUACGACUUUUGGGAGUCACCCCUCAAAGGGAAGAAGUGCAUCGUCCUGGUAACGGAGCUCAUGACAUCAGGCACGCUCAAAACAUAUCUGAAGCGCUUCAAGGUAAUGAAGCCCAAGGUUCUGAGGAGCUGGUGUAGGCAGAUCCUGAAGGGUCUUCACUUCCUCCACACCAGGGCCCCUCCCAUCAUCCACAGAGACCUGAAGUGUGACAACAUCUUCAUCACGGGCCCCACCGGCUCCGUCAAGAUAGGAGACCUGGGGUUGGCCACACUCAAGAGGGCCUCCUUCGCCAAGAGUGUCAUAGGCACCCCAGAGUUCAUGGCCCCAGAGAUGUAUGAGGAGCACUAUGAUGAGUCAGUGGAUGUCUAUGCCUUUGGGAUGUGCAUGUUGGAGAUGGCCACCUCAGAGUACCCGUACUCGGAGUGCCAGAACGCUGCACAGAUCUACCGCAAAGUCACCAGCGGGGUGAAGCCUGCCAGCUACAACAAGGUUGUGGAUCCUGAAAUCAAGGAGAUUAUUGGCGAGUGCAUCUGCCAGAAGAAAGAGGAGCGGUACUCCAUAAAGGACCUGCUGAACCACGCCUUCUUUGCGGAGGACACAGGGGUGCGGGUGGAGCUGGCCGAGGAGGAUGAUGGGAAGAAGGCGGCCAUCGCCCUGAAGCUGUGGGUGGAAGACCCAAAGAAGCUGAAGGGAAAAUACAAGGAGAGUGGAGCCAUUGAGUUUACCUUUGAACUGGAAAAAGAGAGCUCGGAGGGCGUGGCCCUAGAGAUGGUGGAAUCAGGGUUCUUCCAUGAGAGUGAUGCUAAGAUCGUGGGGAAGUCGAUCCGGGACCGCGUAGCACUUAUUAAAUGGAGGCGGGAGAGGACUGUGUCGGCCCUACCCCCAGUGAACCAGGGAGAGGCAGGACUCAGGGCCCAGGCCACCCUAGCCCAGGGGACCUCUGCUGGGGCUACACAGGCAGGACAGCCCCCUUUGAUUGAGCCCAACGAGCCAGAAGCAGACCAGCACGACAGGCUAUGUAACCUUCCGGCCAGCGCAACCUCUGUCACAUCAGACAGUACCUUUGACAGCGGCCUGGGCUCCACUGUGUUUUCUGACUCCCACAGCAGCCAGCACAAUGUCCUCUACCAGUCCCAAGUGGAGCCCAUCACCAUGGCAACACAGCAGCGUCAGUGUUUGGCUUCAGCACGUCCCCGAUCCUGUGAAAGGGGCGAGGGGUGGAAAGCAGCCCUGGGGCCAGAGUUCCGAGUGUGUGCAGGGACACGGAGAGGGAGUGCCUCGGUCAUUGACACUCUUAGGGGCAACAACGACAUCCCUCUUCAUAUGCUCCUGCAACCUAUUACCUCUGGGUCCUGCAGCCAACGGAGAGCUUCCAGUCCCUCCCCCACAUCACCAGACGACCAGUCAGAGAGCAGCCCCUCUGAGUCCCGCUCUGAGGCCGAGGACGGCUUCCCUUCCCCGAGUGCAUUUCCUGCCCCCGUCCUCCUGGCCCCCCCAUCCCCCACAUACUCUGAGGCCCGACGUCAUAGUGACUCUUCUAUAGAAUCUCCGACAUUGGAAGCCACCAAUGGAAGUAGGUUGAAGUCUGUGUCAGUGGAGGCAGCAGUGGGGCGGAGGCACUCGGACCUUAGCACGCUGCAGAGCCUAAACUCUGCCCUUCAACACCACCAUCAUCAUCACCAAGGCGCACCCAGAAACCACCUGUGCCAAGCCUGUCUCUCUCUGCUGCUGGUGAAGUCACGAGAAGGGGGGCACAAGAAGCACACUGCUUUUCCCUUUCCACCACACCCCUGUGCUUGCCCCCACCGGCACCACCACUUCUCCAGUGGGAUGACGACAACUGCAGGGUCAGGAGGGAUGAAAGGUCCAAGUCAUACAGGAAGUGACUUCUCUGACCUCUCCUUAUUACAAAAGAACCUGAUGAACAUCAUCAGCCGUAAAACCACCCCAUCCAACCAGGGCCAAGCCUCCCUCCUCCACCUGCGUACAGCCCAACAGCCUGUACGGAGCUAUGGGGAUGGUAGUCUGAAGUUAACCCAGAGAGGCAGCUUCAGUGGUGACCACACAGCACCCCCUCUAGGCAGGCCCACACAGGACCACAAGGCCAGCUACUGUGCUGGGGAGCACCAAGCCACCGGGCCUCCGGGAGUGCCCAGUGCUGUGCAUGCAUUGCUCCAGAACCAGUCAUCUCUCCAGGGCCAGCCUGCCUCUGCCCCAGCCCUGCACACGCCCCUGCAGUACCUCCAGCCUGGCCACAACUAUCCCGCCAGUCCCCUGGCAGCCCAACAGACACCUACCGCAGCAGGCUACUCGGCUGCAGCUCUACAACACACCCCAGCCUCGGCAACUUACACAGCAUCAAACAUUCCUCUGCAACAUAACAAUACUGGACAUACCUACCCAGCUCCAGCUCUGCAAAAGGCAGCAACAGCAGCAAGUCAUUCAACUGCAAAUGUACCACUUCAACAGCCUGCAGCAAGCUUUUCAGCAGCUACCCUGCCCCUGCAACAGCCACACACUGCAGCAAGCUACACUGCAGCAACUAUGCCAAUCCAACAGACACCAACUCCACAGAGCUACAGUGCCCCAACUCAGCAACAAAUGACUCAAACUGCUGCAGCUCCAAUUCUGCAACAGACCCCAACAGCAGCAAGCUUCUCAGCAGCAGUAGCCAUGCCUGUCCAACAUACUGUAUUGGCAGCUAGCAUAGGAACUGCAACAAUACCCUCACAACCAGCUGCACAGAGAUACCCAGCUCCAGUGGAGCAUCUGCAACAUCUCGCUCCCCCACAGAGCUAUGCAUCUGUAGCCCCAACUGUGGUCCACACCGUACCUAUACCCAGUCUCCCUACUCAGGAUCCCAGUGUCGCAACACAGCCUCUAGCUGCUGCUGUGCUUCCCCCAGUCCAGCCUUGCCCAGCGCCACACAGCCUCCCAGCCACAGCCAUGCCUCCCAGUCUGCAGCCAGGCGAGUCUAGUCCCAUGCAUCACAGCCAACAGACUGCGCCGGUCCCCAUUCAACAGCAACAUAGCCAGCCAAUGCCCCAGCCCUCAGUACAACACCGCCAACAGCCUGUUCAGGCCCCCAUUCAGCAGCACAACCAGCAAACUGUGCAGGUCCCCCUACCCAAACACAGCCAGACAAUGGCCCAGCCCACUGUCCAACAGGCUCCAGUCGUCCAGAGCUAUCAGUCACCUGCCCAUACUGUGCAGCAAGGUUCAACCCUCCAGAGUUACCCCAACGCUGCACCCCUAAUGGGGCAACCGAACACUGCUUCACAGAGCUACACACCCACAGCCCCACACAUAAAACAACAGGCUGCACCGGUACAAGGCUACACGCCAACGAAACCCAGUGUGAUGGGUCAGGCCUGUCCAUCUGCUCCACAGCAGGCUGCAGUCCCUAAGACCUACCCAGUGGCCCCCAUAGUGCAACAACAGACUGUGAUUUCCACUCCACAGCACAGCCAGGCCCAGGCAGCUACACUACCACUAGGCCAACAGAACCAACCCUAUGUCUUCAACACAGUUUUCCUGAACCAGAAUUUUCCUGCUGCUCAAAGCCUUUCCCAGCACCACCAAUCAUCAUCUAGUCUGCCUUCCCAGGCAUCUCCUCCUCAGCAGCUAUUGGCUCAGGCCUCUGUCCCUCAGCAGCUGCAGCCACUGCAGAUCUCCACCUCUCUGCCACCAACACACCUUUCCCAGUUUUCCUCACCGUAUCUCAACAUUCAAGUGUUGACCUCUCUGACUGGAUGUGACACCUACACUCACCCCUGCCCUGUUCCCCAGUCCUACCCCUCCUCUCUGCCCCCUCUCUACCUCUCCCCAGGCCAGCCUGCCACUCUGCCCCCCUCUGUCUCGUCCCUCGUCCCCUUGCAUAUAGAGAAUGCUCUGGCGCCCCCCACCUCAGUGCCCCCGAUAUCCUCACACACACCCCUGCUGGCCAUGACAGCACCCACACUGCCACAGCAUCAGCAGAUGUACCCCGCUGCUCUGCAAAAGAGUGUUAUGACACACACACACCCUCACACACAGUUCCCCACUCUCACACACCCGGUUCACUCACACCUUGCCUCACUGCCUGGACAACAGAACACACAACCGCAGCAUACACACCACAUGCACCCAAACCCUUUUCAACACGUCACACACCCCACAUACUCACACCCUGCUGCUGCACCUGAACUUGCUCUGCCGAGCUUUCUGCCCUUAAGACAGCAGGUCCAGCAGCAGGCCAAGGCCCAGCUUCCAGAUGCCAUCCCCUUUGCACAGCCUAAUCAGCCUUCAAAGCCUGCAGUUUUCUCCCCUCCAAUACAGACUGUGUCGGACCCUGGCACUGUUACUGCCACAACCCAGCUUGACUUCAACCAGAACCCCAGCCAAACCCAGUCCCAGCAUCAGGCCCAAGGCCAGAGCCAACCACAGGCUCCAGCUCCACUACCCCCUGACUCCCAGACAGCAGCCCCUUGGCCUGCAAGCACCAGCCUGACUCAGCAGAACCAGGCCAGUGCCAGCAGAUACUCAGGAACCACACUCACCUCGGGACAGGCUCAAACAGAGUCCAAUCUGGAGGAUCCUGGUGCAGAGAAGCAGGCUUCAGGGGCCAGCUACUCCUACGACAGUGUGAACUCCGACGCCACCUCAGGGAAGGAGAUGAGCGAUGGUAACGAGGGGACGCACGGAUCAGGGAAGGGCGAGGGGAAGGUCCGGAAACACCACCGCCGCUCCACACGCACCCGCUCACGCCAGGACAAGAACAACAAGCCCAAACUCAGCAUGCUCAAUGUGUGUUAUACAGGGGAUAAGAUGGUGGAGUGUCAGCUGGAGACACACAACCACAAGAUGGUUACCUUCAAGUUCGACCUGGAUGGAGACGCACCUGAGGAGAUAGCCACUUACAUGGUGGAGAAUGACUUCAUCCUGCUCCUGGAGAAGGAGAUGUUUAUAGAGCAGUUAAAGGAUAUUGUGGACAAGGCUGAGGACAUGCUGAGUGAGGACACGGAGGGGGAAAGGAUUUCUGACCACGUGGGCAGUCCCCAGCAGAGCCACGGAGCAGUCAUACUGGGGGGAGAGGGUACAAAGACAGCUACACCUAAUUCACCACAACUUGUGUACCAGCAGAACGUCCUCCACACUGGGAAGCGCUGGUUCAUCAUCUGCCCCGUGGCCGAGACGCCCACGCCAGACAGAGAGAGGACUUCAUCAGACACCUCUACAACCAAGGAGGCUCCUGUCACAUCAUUGUCUAGGUCUAGUUGCAGUACUACUCCGCCAGUGUCUGCCCCAACUCCUGUUCUUGCCCUGACCACCACACCCCCUACUCCAGGCCCCUCUGCACCUCAAAGCUCUGCCCAGUCUCAGGACACCAACGUAGGCAAGGCCAGAGUUCAGCAGCCCCAGGCCUCUGGAACCAAACCCUCCAGCACCAGUGCUACGACUGCUGCCAUGGGCCGCCACGACUCUCUUUCCGGCAGCGAACCCUGCAUCUCCAUGGUAACAGACAUCCCAUGCUGCCCCAUCGUCCCACCUGUGUCCCUGGAUGUGAAUGGGGCGGGACAUAAAGGGGUGAGUGGCACUUCCUCAUGUCUACCCAAUCAGGAGGCCAGCCUGUCAGGAGACCCGCCCCCUCCCCUGGACUCCCACCAGCCAGUGGUCCUGCAGCAGCCCUAUGCCAUGCCAAGCAUGGUGGGUGGAGGAGGUGGAGCCAGAACACCACCACAGCCCCAGAGUCCUGCCCACCAGGCGUCCCAGCAGCAGGAUGGACCUGGGGGGUCUGGGAGUGGAGGUGGUUGCGGCCUGGGGGAGUCUGAUGGAGAGGGCCCGCCCAGGGUGGAGUUUGUAGACCGUACCAUCAAGACUCUGGAUGAGAAGCUGAGGAACCUGCUGUACCAGGAGUAUGCCCAAUCUGCUCCCUCCAGCACCGCCUCCGACCUCCAGGGCUCCAACACAGAGGGGAUCAGCUCUGACUGCCAGACCACCUCUGGGGGGGGGCCCUCCAGGAAGAGAGAGGUGCUGGUAAAGAUGCACUGUGUGUCUGUGUCCGCCAGAUAUUCGGAUUGGGGCAGCAGCAGCGUUUUAUCUGAUGGAGGGCCUCAGAUUCCUGAGCGUACUGAUAGUUUGGGUACACUGAGUGACUCUGCAGGAUUGUUGAACAGGAGAGACUUUGUGGGCAGUUCCAGUUCCUAUGUCUCCAAGAGCCGCUUUCAGAUCAUCCCCACUCCUCCGGACGUCAUCCGUCGUUUAGAGAAGGGCAGAAGUCGCAGUUCCCUGGCUCCCUCUAGUGGUUCGGGGGGCUCUCGCGCCGCAGCCGAGGGGGGCAGCCCACGAGACCAGGGGUGUAUGGUCGUGGGUAGGUUCUCAGUGAUGACCGCUGAAGAGGGUGCGGAAAACGCCCCCAAACCCCCCUGUAGUAACCGCUACUCAGCCCCCCCAGACUUGUACCAGGACACCACCGCCUCUAGCCCCAACGCCACCCCCAGCCUGCUCCCACGUGCCCACACUGCUGACGCUGCCACCAACCACUCCUUUCACUUCGACUCUGACUCGGGGAAGGAGGACACCAGCAGUUUAGCCCCUCACCUUGCCCACCACAAGCCUCCGGCUCAUGCCCUCCCGGAACACAGCAGAAGUGACCUCAUGAAGAGGGCGGUGGCCUUCCUGCGCCGCACUGGCCGCAGCAGUGUGCAGAGUUCUGAUUCGCCGAGCCGGCAAUCCGUGGUAGCGAAUGGUCACACCGUCCUGCCGCCUGGACCCGGCCAUGUAUCAUACGUCAGCAGUGACAACGACUCUGAGUUUGAGGAUGCGGACAUGAGGAAGGAGCUGCAGAGGCUGAGGGAGAAACACAUGAAGGAGAUCUCUGAGCUGCAGGCGUUCCAGAGGAGUGAGAUAGAGCGUCUGUAUAAAGAGCUGGGGAAAGCCCUGCCGCCUGGUGUAGGCCUGUUGCACGCUGCUCCCCCUAGUGGCCGCAGACGCAAGGUCAGCAAACACAAGCUGAAGGCAGCCAAGCUGCUCAACCCCAUGGUGCAGCAGCUGAAAAACAACCUGAAUACCAUCACCACCACCGGUGAGAGCGCACCGAGCUCGUCUGGCUCUCCAGCUAAGAGCUCCAUUGUGUCUGACGGCUCGGCCCGCUCCAGUGGCAGCAGCAGUACCAGUGGCACUCGGCCCGGCAAGACCCCAGAGCCUGUCCAGACCCAGCAGCCCUGCUCUCUCAGGGGCUCGUUCUCUUCUGACAACAUCUACGGUGGAGGCAUGGCCACACACGUAGGCCCAGGGCAAGGCUGGAUGGUAUACCACCAAACGUCAGAGAGAGUGACCUAUAAAUCUAGUAGCAAACCACGUGCUAGAUUCCUCAGUGGACCCGUGUCUCUGUCCAUCUGGUCCACACUGAAACGACUAUGUCUAGGCAAAGAGCGCAGUAGUAGGUCUUCUCACGGCGCCAGUGCGACAUCCAAUCAGCAACAGCCAGCAACUGUCCCCAAUCCUUUGCCAUCUCCUCAACCAAUGACGGUGCUAGCUCAGGCCCAGACAAACAACAGCAACAACAAGAAACCAGGUACUUUCACGGACGACCUGCACAAGCUUGUAGAUGAUUGGACGAAGGAGACGCUGGCGGCCACACAGCCGCGGCCCUCUCUGAACCAGAUAAAACAGCAGAGACGCAUGCAGGACCUGGAGGGUCUAGCCGCGCCCCUGGGAGGAGCCACGCAGGAGGUGAGAUGUCCCAUCCCUCCAAAUAAGUUCCAGCUGCCUUUGUCGUGCCCGCUGACAGCUGCUUUAGGCCCAGCCAUGCCCACUGCCCUGAACUCCAACCCCUCUGCCAUGCUCCAGCCCGGGUACAUGGUACCAGCAGGCCCCUACGGAGGGGUGGUGCCCAGCCCCCUAUACCCCCUGCAGUGGUCUGGUAUGCCCAGCCCUGUGGGGAUGAUGGGGGCAGCGGGAGGGAUGCCCUACCCCACCAUGGCCAACCCAGGGGUGCAGGCCUACCCCCUGACCCUGCACAGCCCUGAGAACGUCCCCAACACCAGGACUUCCUAAAGUGACAACUAGCACCUCCCUGCACCCACUAAACCCCUAUCUUACCCCAUCGCCCCUGAUGCUCAACAGACUGCCCCCAGAUGUUCCCCUCUAUCCCAGCACACUCACAUCAGGACUGCCUGACUAACACGUUUUAACUAAUCCUGUGUUGCUAUCCUAACUCCACUCUGUCCCCCCUGGUUCUCACUCCAGGGUUACAAUUGUAACGAAAUCAAACUCUUAAAAACUUUUAAUAGAGUGAUGGGCUGAAAAAUAGAGUAAAGUAGGGCCCACACAAUUAAAUGCUCCAACAAAUGGCUUAUGGGUCAUUCCACCUCAAAGCACAAGAAAGAUGAUUUCGACACCCACCAUCUGAUUGUGCUGAAAUAUUUUCUGUAGUUAGAAACCUGAUAUUAGCAUUCCUGAAAAUGUUUUUUGAGAUAUAAUUUGAUCCCUGAGAAAUUAAGCUAAUUGCACAAAAAUGUGCCAUUUUAAAUGUAUAUGAUUCAUAUAAUCUUCAAUAAAAAUAGUACCUAACAUUCGAUUUGGACCAUAAUUCUUCAUGACAAUUAGUAAGACGUGGUAUACAAUAAAAUGAUAAAAAGCCACCCACGGACCCAUGUGAAUCUGGUGACAGCUUUUUCCCCUUUUCACAGAAAUUAGCCUUUUGAAGUCUCUUGCAUUAUUUGAAUUUUAUAUUGCUUUUUUUUUUUUUACAUUUAACCUUUACUUAACGAGGCAAGUCAGUUAAGAACAAAAUCUUAUUUACAUUGACGGCCUACUGGGGAACAGUGGGUUAACUGCCUUGUUCAGACCGACAGAUUUUUACCUUGUCAGCUCGGGGAUGCUUUCGGUUACUGGCCCAACGCUAUAACCACUAGGUUACCUGCUGCCCCAUUUACCAUCGAUUUAGGGUGAAAGUACUCUGUUUUUCCCACUAGAUGCCACUGUUUCUGCUACUGCCACACCCUUUAAUCAAUUUUGCUGGUCUCUUGUCUUUUAUUAAAUGGAUCACAACAUUUUCUUUAACUUUUUGUAGAAAACCAAUAGCUUUUGCUCAUGAUGAAAAUAAAUUGUAUGGAAAUCCUCACAAUUCAAGCAAAGUCCUCCAUUAAAGUAAUUGUUUGUCCUUCUCUUAAUCUGUGUCCAGGAAACAGCCCCUCUGUGUGUGGUUUAUUCCGUUAAAAAAACGUUUAAGAUUAGUUAGGUCAUUCCUGUUGAACAAGCAAACCAUUCGGCUACAGCAGUUCUAAUGGUUUCAAUGUCAUGGUCUCAAAUGGUCUUUAAUGGUGAAAGUCCUAAACAUAGUGUUUGAAGGAUGACCACACAAUCUAUUUUCAUCAUGAGCUGUUUUUGUUCUACCCAAAGUUGCAAAAUAAAAUGUUGUGAUCCAUUUAAUGAACACGAGAAACCAGCUAAAUUAAUAAAGGGUAUGGCAGUAGCAGGAACAGCGGCAUCUAGUGGGAAAAUGCUGGUACUUUCACAAUUUGUGGUAAGUAAUACAAGCUACUUAAAUACAUUACAUGGGAUGAAGAAGCAAUAAUCCAAGCCGCAGCUCCAUACUACUUGACAGACAUAGAGAACUGAUACUGUAUACUUGUUGUUGGGGUGAGAUUGGUGUGGGGGGUCUGUGGGUGACCAUGUUAUUGGAUUCCUCAUGUCUUACUCAAUGAUAGGUAGAAGUUUGGUCCAAAUCGGAUGUUGGGUACUAUAUGUAUUGAAUAUUACGUGAAUCCUAUCAAUUUUAAGGGCUAAUUUGGGUGCAAUCAAUUUCCUUAAUUUCUCAGAGAUAAUUUUUUAUUAACAAAAUAGUGUUGCGGGUAUGCUAAUCUUAUCGGUUUCUAACUAUAGAAAGUAUUUCAGAACAAUCUGGGAUGGUGGGUGUCAUGGCUUGCUGAAAUGACAUGGAACGACUCUUAUGUGUUGGAGCAUCUGGUCCCUACUUGACUGUACUACUCACCCCCUCCAGUGUUUCUAUAUGCAGGAUAAUCCUGCUCCACUCUUCUCAGAUUGUGGUUUGAUGCUUUAUUAAAGAGCAACACACGUGUAAAUAGCCUGUGAGCUUGCAAAUAUCCAGUGUGCGUGUCAAUAUACUUUAUACAGCACCGGGAGUUUUCCUGUGUGUAUGUAUACGUGUGUACAGUAUAAAUGUUCUGUGUGUGUCUGAGUACCUACUGCUUUUAGCUUUGGUCUUGUCUAAACUCACAGCCAUACUUUAUAAUAUCAGCGGUCACAAAUGUGAUGUUUUCACCAAAUCCGUCAUAAACGAUAAGUAGUCAUGUUUUCAGAUUGAUUUUUAUCGUUUACUAAUGUUUUGUCAACCUUAAAACACUACAUUAGAAAUCAAAAUUCAAUGGUUUAAGAUGAUGGGGCAGGAGACCUGUAUUUUAAAGUGAAGUUCUCUGAAGGAGUGUAGUGCCUUGAACAUUGAUUUUUCUGUCCGCAUUUUCUUUCCGCAACCAAGAGAUUUUAUUUCGCGGUGGCUUUGCGUCUUAUUUUUUUCUUCUUCUUGGUUUACAAUUGAAUGCCCUUGUAGCACUGCACUAUUAACACAGUAUAUGCUUUUAUUCAAGUAAUAAAAUCAUGUUUUUAAUCUUUGUUUACUCCCCACCCCUGUGACAUUUAGAACGCCAUAGAGGUGAGAUGUACAGUUGCCCUGUGGAAACAGACAGUUGAUGUACAAUUUUUAAAAGUCAAAACUCACUCAUUGGGCAGUGGGUAGGGUCCUAGGCAUAGUUAGAAUUCUUAGAAUUAGCGUUCCCCAGUGGGUGGACCAAUUUAUUUUUCAUUCUAUAUUUAUAGAAUGAGGGGAACCCGUAGUGUCCAGCUCAGAAUGUAGCAGAGGCAGGUUUGCCGAGCAAGACUUAGUGCAAUUUCACCUAUCCACCUAGCUUUCGUAGCGGCCUUCCCACAAGCCUUACCCAGGAACCUGCAACAGGAGCUAGUUUCUUUUGUUGCCGUUUAGUUGAACCUAAGUUACAAAUCACAUUGAAAACGAUAACAGCAGUUACAACUGCUAAAUAUUUUCUGUUGGGGCAAGAACAUGGUUCUCCUUUUAUUAGGCACAUUAUGGGAUUUCUUUAGUGCAAUCACCAGUUAUUAUUUACUUGUCUAAAUUAUUGCCAUUGUUUUAUGUUUCUAAGCUUGAUUUUGAUGCUGCUAGUGUGUCUGAGGUGGAUCCACUGUAAGUAUGAAAGGGGAGUUGAUGUGUGUUUUAUCUGCACACAUGAUGAUACAGUGGAGUCCCUCCAGUAAUAAAACCUUUGUCAGAGGGUGAGUUGUUUUCUCAAUGAGAUUAUGUUCAUGUCAAGCAGUGUUAUUAUAUUGCCUUGUUGAAAUGAAUAAAUGAUGUAUCAUUUCCCAGGUGGUUAUUGAUGAUAGCCUUGCUUUUCUGUAUUGUUUUGAGUGUUUGAUUUCUCUGUUCAGAAUGAAGCAUGUAAACUCCAGAUGGAUACUUGAUUUGCACAACAUGCCCAGUGCUCUAACUAUAGCCCAUAAUAUCAGUUCCAACACACCUAUACAUAAUGAGGUUAACCUUCCCGCCCCUUAUCCUCCUGACCACUGAAGAGCAUGUCUGUUAUUUUCCAUACAGCCGUGAUUAUCAUUACUAUACAUCCAUUUAGAAAUGUCACAGCCACCACCACACCAGUGAAAGGUUGCAGCACCCCAGUCCUGCCAAGCUGUGAAUUGUACAGUUUUCGUGUCAUUAAUAUAUUUUGUUUAACUGUUUUGGGAAUUCACGUCGGUGUAUAUUAUUCCAUCAAUUCGGUUUGAAUUGGACUUUUUAUAGGAUAUAAUGCAGAGUUGUCUGCUUUGGUGAAAUACUUGCAGUAGUAAGAGAUUUCUGUUCUCUGUUACUCGUUGUAUCUGACAUUACUGCUACACCUCCCUGUCUGUUACACUUAGUGAGCAGAUUUGGAAAUAACUCUGUUCGAAUAUUCACUGGGAGGCCACAUUCAGAUCCAUAGAAACUGAUCAUAUAGAGCAGAUGUGGUUCUCUGAGGAAUAGAGAAUAAUGCCUGUUCUGAUCAUUGCAUUUCUAUCAGUUCUGAGUAACAUUGCCUCAUAGAAUAUGCCUGUAAUUGUGGAAGGCUUGCACUAAAGCUCUGUGUCGGAUUGCUUCUGCCUGCUAUGUAUCACUAGAUUAUCUUACCAACCCAGUCAGCGCACUCAUCACAGACUGUACAUGUUUAAAGAGAAAUAAACAUUAUUUUGUGCUUGA